AUGACAUCUACCGCAGAUGAAGCUCGCCUUGGGGACACCUUGAUUCAAUUCUCGGUCGAUGGUAGAUUUCCGGAAGAAGAGGCGACGUCUGCAGCUUAUGUAGAAAGUUCUGCCUUUCCUGUGGCAUUGAAAGCACUUGCAGAGGCGCAAACAGAUUUGGAGACAGAGAUACGCAAGAUCAGUCGAGAGAGCGCUCCUGAUGUAGAUACAUGGAUCGCACACGCUCAGACAAUCCAGGAUGAUAUCGAAUCCUCGAGGCGACUCGCCAGUGGGAUUGUGAAGCAAGCAGAGGCAGACAAGGAACGACUGGCGAAUGUGUCGGAUAAGGAGCAUCAUGUUGCGUUUCUGGAGGCAGAAUUGGCGUUCAGUGAGCAUUUGGCACAUUCGUUGAAGGUUCUACAAUGGAUGGACGCAACACUGGACCAGGUUGAGCAGCUGGCGGGGGAGAGUAACCUUCUUGAGGCUCUUCAGAUGUUGGAAGAUGUACGCCGACGUAUCUCGACUGCUGCUCCCGACGAAACCACACGCGCGAUGAGGAUUAUAGAUGAUAGAUGUUCUGAGCUGCGGAAGUAUAUACACGAACAGCUUCAUGAGGCUUGGGCUGCCUUGAUCGAUUUUGACUUUGAUGCCAACGCUCUCACCAUUCAUAAAAAAUUGCCAGCUGGGAGAAUAGACCUGGAACAAGCGAUUCUUGCGCUAGACUCUUUCAAAGAGGUAGAUGCAGUAGCUAUCAACUUUUGGAAGGAGCUGGACCAGAUAAUCAUCAAACCACGAACCAUUCUCCAAUCUGGCGUACAGCCAGGUGUGGCUAUAGAUGGGAAUACAAUCAAGUCAACAGAAGGAUCAGCAGACCAUACAAUUAAGUCGCUCUUUGCUGAUUUGACUGGAAUCAUUCGAUUCCUGUUCGAAAAGUUGCCACGAGACUUCAUUAGCCACGUUUCAGAUGCCAUGAUGCCAAUCUUAUCUACUCGUGUCAAGGAGAAUUGGUUGGACAAUGCCGUACCUACCUCUCUCGAAGAUCUUCGAGGGUACCAAGUUGCUUUGGUUCAAGUAGCAGAAUUUGCCAGUGAGCUUGACAAAAUGCACUGGCCCGAUACAGCCAGCUUUCAUGACUGGGUCAGCGGAGUACCAAAAAUAUGGUUAGCUAAACGGCGGGAGACUUCUCUGGAUUGGAUUCGACAUCAACUCUCAUUAGGCGUCGGUACCCCUAAAGUCGCCGUGAAAGUUGAAAAGCGCAUGGUGGCGCAGGAAGAGACAUCUCAUCUCGCAGCCACCGAGAAAGACACAGCGGAAGAUGGCUGGGAUGCUGCUUGGGAUAGCGGGGACGAUAAUGAUAAGCCGGACCCUGCUCCCACAAUGAGAAGGCAUCGUAGUUCUCUUGAGGAAGAAAGGACGACAGUACAAAGUUCUUUACCAAUACCUGAAGAUGUCAUUGAGGAUGAUGCAAACGAUGGAGCGGAUGCAUGGGGUUGGGGUGAUGAAGAUAAUGAUGGGGAUGGAGAAAGACCAGCGACACCAAAUCCAGAACCAUCACCUGAUAUCACGCCGGAGCCCAGUGAAGUCGUGAGCGAUCUUCGAGAGAUGACCAUCGCCGAAAAAUACUAUACCUCUUCGAUGCCGCAACAUGUUUUGAGUACUGUUGUCACCAUAUACGAAGACGCUGCUUCAUUGACGCAAGAAAAGAACUCGAAACUUCCAAUCACUCCAGCUGCGCCUGGUCUUUUCAACCUACCUACAUCCGUACUAGCCAUGUAUCGCGCUAUUUCCCCAGCUUACUAUAGCCAGGACCCGAAUGGUAAUCUUUUCCUCUACAAUGAUGCAAUGUGGCUAUCGGAACAACUGAACAACUACCAAGAAGAGUGGAAACAGCGAAAAGAUCUUUCCGAUAGAAGUUAUGGGAAAGUCAGAUUAGAUCAAGAGACCAAGACUCUGGAAAGUUUUGGCAAACGUGCUUAUACGAAUGAGCUUGUCAGCCAGAGAACAACGCUGAAAAACUUCCUUGGUGACACUCAAAACUUCUUCCAACAAGACCCAAUCACAAUCGAAGCGGAUACCAAAAAUGUAAUCUCAUACAUCCGAGACAAAUGCAAAGACUGGACCAAACUCCUCACCUGGUCUACCCUGGCUUCAGCCAUCGGCUCCCUCGUCAAUAGCGUCGCCUCCAAACUCAUCACCGACAUCUUCGAACUCACCACCAUCGGCGUCGACGACGCCGAGCGCAUCGCCACGAUCCUCACCCAAGUCGAAGGUCUCUCGGACCUCUUCCUCAAACCGCAGAAUGUCUCUCAGCCUGAACCCAUCUCCCUAGCUCCACAUUUCGUCCCGCUCUGGUUCAGACUUAAUUUCCUGAAUCAGGUGCUCCAGAGUAAUCUUAAUGAUAUCAGGUUUCUAUGGAAUGAAAGUGAUCUCUCGUUGUACUUCUCGCCUGAGGAGGUUGUGGAGUUGAUAAGGUUGAGUUUUGAGAAUAAUAGUAAUGUCCGCGGGGUCGUGAGGGAGAUUGAGAGGGGUGGGAGGGGGAAGGGGAGGGAGUAG